CUUCAUUUCAGCCUUAAUUGCAGCGAGUCUUUGAAGGUUUGUGGAACAUUGCAGAGCACACAUAUCUUCAGAUCCAAAGAAAAACAUAAACAAAGCUUUGUUUGUCCUAAUUGGAGAGGAUUAAGGUUCAUAGUUAAAGCCAAGACGUAAGAUAACAGAAACUUCACAAAGGAUCAAGAUGGUGAGCAUUGUAUCUGAUUUGGCAAAGUCAACUCUGGAGAAAUUGAUUAACGCAACAAUAGAAGAAUCACGUUAUAUUUGUUGCUUCACAUGCAUUACUGAUGACUUUGAAAAGGAAAGGGAAAAUUUGAUAGCAAAAAAGGAAACAUGGGAAGAGUAUGCUAGAGUGGUAACUAGAAGAGGUGAUAACAUACGAAAAGAUGUCACACAUUGGCAAAAGCAAGCUAAAGAACUUAUUGAAGAAGACACCAAAAUGAAAGUGAAGUGUUUUUUUGGAUGGUGUCCUAACUGUAUAUGGCAAUAUAGUAGGGGGAAGGAAUUGGAAAGCAAGACAGAGAAGAUUAAAAAACUGAUGGAAUGCAACUUUGAAAAUGUUGGAAUCACUCGUGAUGUUCCUGACAUUGAAUAUCACUCUUCUCAAAAUUACAUUUCUUUCAAAAGUAGAAAGUUGAAAUUUGAAGAACUUUUUAAUGCCUUGAAAGAUGACAACAACUAUAUGGUUGGAUUGCAAGGGAUGGGGGGCACAGGAAAAACAACAUUAGCAAAAGAGGUGGGUAAGGAGCUGAAGAAGUCAAAAUGUUUUAAUCAAGUAAUUGAUACUACAAUAUCUAAUACCCCUGAUAUAAAAAAGAUUCAAGAUGAUAUUGCAGGACCAUUAGGACUGUCAUUGAAGGGUUAUACAGAAUCAGAGAGGCCUAGAAAGUUGAUGGAUAGAUUAACCAAUGGUGACAAAAUUCUUGUAAUCCUAGAUGAUGUGUGGGGGGAUAUCAGUUUUGAAGAAAUAGGUAUUCCAUUUAAGGACAACCACAAGAAUUGUAGAAUUCUUGUGACCACUCGCGAUAUAAGAGUAUGCAACAAAAUGGAAUGUGAGAAGAUAAUUCAACUUGAUAUCUUACCAGAGGAAGAAGGAUGGAUAUUGUUCCAAAAGCAUGCUGCUUUAAGUGAUAAAUCCUCUAAAAGUAUUCUUGAUAUUGGUCGCAAAAUUUCCAAAGAAUGUAAAGGAUUGCCAAUUGCAAUUGUUGUUAUUGCUCGUAGUUUAAAGGGCCAAACACGUAAAAAAGAAUGGGAUUUAGCCUUAAAAUCCUUACAAAAGUCCAUGCACAUACCUGGUGAUGAUGAAAAUUGGAGUGAAGUUUAUACUUGUUUAAAGUAUAGCUAUGAUAAUAUGAAGAAUAAAACAGCUAAGAAUUUGUUCCUUCUGUGUUCCUUGUUUCGAGAAGAUGAAGAAAUACCUGAAGAACUUUUAGUCAGGCUUGCCAUUGGAGCAGGUCUCGUCGAGCAAAUUGAUGUUGAUUACAAUUACGAUGUAUAUCGUAAUGAAGUUAUUGUAGCAAAAUACAAACUCAUAGAUUCAUGUUUAUUAUUGAAUGAAGAAUUUGAAAGUGUAAAAAUGCAUGAUUUGGUUCGUGAAAUGGCUCUAUCGAUAGCUAACAAGGAGAUUGUGGCAGUGAAGACAUCUAACAAGAAUGCAAUGACAAUGGUUGAAAAGGGGAAGAAUAUUAAAUAUUUGUUAUGCGAAGGUAAGAGCAAAGAUCUAUCUUCCUUGAAGUUUGAUGGAUCUAAACUUGAUAUUCUAAUUAUCUAUCUGAAUGAAAUGGAAGAUUAUUAUGUCAAAGUCCCAGAUCCAUUCUUUGAAAAUGUAUCAAGAAUCCGAGUUUUGUAUUUAUCAAACAAUACUUAUAAAGAAUCAACGAUGUCAUUACCACGAUCAAUUCAAUUGCUAACCAAUCUUCGAUCUUUACUCCUUGAAAGUUUCACCUUAGGUGACAUCUCUAUUCUUGGAAAACUACAAGGCCUUGAGACUCUCGAGUUAGUGAAAUGUUGGUUAGUUGAAUUGCCGAGAGAGAUUGCAAAAUUGGGAAAACUUCAAUUGUUGAAAUUGAAUGAUUGUAUGUUCAAACGGAACAAUUCAUUUGAAGUGAUUGAAAGUUGCAGUUCAUUAGAAGAGUUGUAUCUCAUUCAUGAAGGCAUUUCAAAAACUUCUCAUAAAGUACAUCUUCCUAACUAUCAAAGGUUUUGUAUAUUAGACUUUUCUUGCUUCUUCAUGACGAAGGAAUUUUUUGCAAGAAAUUCCUUGAAUAUGUUCAUGGCUGAUGAAGUUUUCUCUAAAGAGACAUUCAAGAAUCUAGUGCAAAAAGCAGAAAUUCUAUGUUUAAAUGGACUUGAAGGAGUAUGGAAAAGUCUCAUACCUGACAUUAUAUUUCCAGAUGAUGAUGAAGUGGACCCCUUCCCUUUGAAUUUCUGA